GCGGGCGGGCAUGGCCGGGCGCGUGUGGACGCUCGGGCGCCGCGCCGGCCUCGGCCUCCUGGGCCGCGCCGGGGGUCGCCGCGCGCAUGUGACUCCCCACUGUCUCGGCCUGGUCCUGACCAUCAGAAAGCAGAGCGUCUCCUUGGUGACCCUCAGAACCACGGGGACUUGGGGCGGCCCCAGCUCUCUGGAUGAGACCACCUACGAAAGGCUGGCGGAGAAGACCCUCGACGCCUUGGCAGAGUUUUUCGAAGAUCUUGCAGACAAGCCUUACACCUCGGACGAUUAUGACGUCUCCUUUGGGAGUGGCGUUUUAACCGUCAAACUGGGCGGUGAUCUGGGAACCUACGUGAUCAACAAGCAGACCCCAAACAAGCAGAUCUGGCUGUCCUCACCCACCAGUGGGCCCAAGCGUUACGACUGGACGGGGACGAACUGGGUGUAUGCCCACGACGGGGUGUCCCUCCAUGAGCUGCUGGCCGCCGAGCUGACCGACGUCUUAAAAACCAAACUGGACUUGUCCUCCUUGGCCUAUGCUGGGAAAGGACCCUGACGCCCAGCGCAGCCAAGAUGCUGAACCCCCGGAACCCAGAGGCGCCCGGUCCCGAGCCCGGCUCUCUCGUUUCCCUACAGGCGUUGGGGGCUUGCUCUGUGCCUUGUCCCUCUCCACGGAGCCGUGGGACAGUGUCCAGGACCCGGUCGCCUGGACUCCCGCAGAGAAGGAAGAGAAACGCUUUUGUUCUCCGCUCCACUCUCUGAAGGACCUGCCUUAGACACCGCGUGGGGAGCAGCCAGCUGACCUCGCCCCUGGUCUCCGGACGAGCCUCCGGGAAGGGGAGCAGCUCUCCGUGCUCCCUCGCCCUGUGGGACACGGGAACAUGUCCCAGCCCUCGCAGACUGGAGUGUCAACCGCUGUGUGAAAUGCACAUA